AUGGAUAACCCCAUCGAUAAAAUAAGGACUGUCAUCUGCCAUAAAAGAUUCCCACGGUACGCUGAACAAAUUCCGGUACCCAACCGCCUUCCCACCCGUAAAGACAUAAUUGCCCUUGUACUUGCUGAUGUAAUCCUCCAUCGGCUUCGACCUGGCGGCAAACUCAUAGUCCACAGCAAACACAACCGAGCCCUUCUCCUGCAUUCCCAGAAAAAGCCCGAAACAGUUAAACGAGCUCUGCUGGUCCAUGUUGCAGUGGGCCGAGAGAAAAAACCCUUGCCCACCAAAAUGGAAGGCCUGCGAGUAAACCCGGCCCGAAGGGUAAAGGGCCCCACACUCAUCUUUCUUGAGGUCCAAGUAGACCACACACUGCUGGCGGGGGGAGUCGAACUCGACCAUUUUAAUGGGCCGGAUGAUGGUUCCUCGGAAGCUUGGGCCCGCUGGCGGUGUGGGGCCUCUGUUUUGAAGAAUAGGGCGUCGAGCACGGAUUUUGUGGCGAAUUCGCGGUCAAAGUCGAGACAGCUUGCGGGAGGUCAUGUGGGGGAAUCGGAUGUGGCGGCCGAGGCGCGUGCAGAGGAUUUCGCGGCGUUCGUCGGGCUCCGGGUAGUGGGUUCGGGCCCACUUGAGGGCGAUGUCGUAAACUGCGUCCUCCGAGGGUACUUGAAGCGAGAUGCCAAGAACUGUUUUGCAGCAUCUGUAAGCGCUUCAGCCAUUAGAACACUCGAAGGAAGAUCGAGAUACAACAAUGCUGACUCUGGAGUCAUAGGAAGUUUUCUCAGCAGAUGA